AUGUCAGAAGAGGGUCAGAUCGCGCUGCUCGAGACGUUAAUGAACACGCCAAAGGAAGAGCGACUUCCGCACGCAGACCACUUGACAGAACAUUCGCGAGAUGUCAUCAAGAACAAGUGGAAAUCGCUUGAUGAAUUACACCACAGGAUUUCGUCAUGUUGCAUUGCAAUAUUGAUGUUUGCAAGUAUCUCGACGGCGCUUAUCAUUAUUGCUAGAUCGCUGUUGCAAGGCGCCUGCCUAAGACGACUCAAGCUGCAGAUGCAAUAUCUUGAGGAACUAUCAUACCGCUUGCAUAUCACUUGCAUUAACCUUUUAACCCUAGUUUUUAAAGUGCACGUGAAUACAAAAUGGACUUAUGAAUAUAGAUAUGUCAGUAAGCAAAAGUUCCAGAACAGUUUUGAGGAGGAUGAACAGAACAAGACACAAUACAUUCCUUCAGACGUUCCUGCAGUGUCUCCCAGGGGCGUCUCCCAGGGGCGUCUCCCAGGGCGUCUCCCAGGGGCGUCUCCCAGGGGCGUCUCCCAGGGGCGUCUCCCAGGGGCGUCUCUCAGGGGCGUCUCUCAGGGGCGUCUCCCAGGGGCGUCUCGCAGGGGCGUCUCCCAGGGGCGUCUCUCAGGGGCGUCUCCCAGGGGCGUCUCUCAGGGGCGUCUCUCAGGGGCGUCUCCCAGGGGCGUCUCGCAGGGGCGUCUCCCAGGGGCGUCUCCCAGGGGCGUCUCUCAGGGGCGUCUCUCAGGGGCGUCUCCCAGGGGCGUCUCGCAGGGGCGUCUCGCAGGGGCGUCUCUCAGGGGCGUCUCCCAGGGGCGUCUCAGGGGCGUCUCUCAGGGGCGUCUCUCAGGGGCGUCUCCCAGGGGCGUCUCUCAGGGGCGUCUCCCAGGGGCGUUUCUCAGGGGCGUCUCCCAGGGGCGUCUCUCAGGGGCGUCUCUCAGGGGCGUCUCCCAGGGGCGUCUCUCAGGGGCGUCUCCCAGGGGCGUCUCCCAGGGGCGUCUCUCAGGGGCGUCUCCCAGGGGCGUCUCAGGGGCGUCUCUCAGGGGCGUCUCCCAGGGGCGUCUCUCAGGGGCGUCUCUCAGGGGCGUCUCUCAGGGGCGUCUCUCAGGGGCGUCUCCCAGGGGCGUCUCUCAGGGGCGUCUCCCAGGGGCGUCUCCCAGGGGCGUCUCAGGGGCGUCUCUCAGGGGCGUCUCCCAGGGGCGUCUCCCAGGGGCGUCUCCCAGGGGCGUCUCUCAGGGGCGUCUCUCAGGGGCGUCUCUCAAGGGCGUCUCCCAGGGGCGUCUCUCAGGGGCGUCUCCCAGGGGCGUCUCCCAGGGGCGUCUCUCAGGGGCGUCUCUCAGGGGCGUCUCCCAGGGGCGUCUCUCAGGGGCGUCUCCCAGGGGCGUCUCCCAGGGGCGUCUCUCAGGGGCGUCUCCCAGGGGCGUCUCCCAGGGGCGUCUCUCAGGGGCGUCUCCCAGGGGCGUCUCUCAGGGGCGUCUCCCAGGGGCGUCUCUCAGGGGCGUCUCCCCAAGGGAAUGA